AUGGGAACUCCCUUUGUCAGCUUUCUCGAGCCUAGCAAGCUCGACGGCUUCCAGCUCGGCGUCCCUCGAAGCAAGAUACCCGCCACAAUCCCUCGGACCUUUCUCGACGCAAUGGAAGUCCGCGAGGAAGUCUUUGUCAAAGAACAGGGCGUUCCCCAGGAGAACGAGUUUGAUAUCGAUGACCCGCGAUCCUGCCACUGGGUCAUCUACGUCAGCGUCAAUAAGACGGAGGUACCUGAGAUUCGAAAUGAGCAAGGACACAUUGUGCGGCCGCGCAAGAGCUCGACUCGAAGCACUCCCGUGGGAACAAUCCGCAUGGUUCCCUUUCCCCAUGAUCCUCACCCAAAGCCGGGAGGCGAGUACUGGAACGGCGUACUGAAGGGCGAAGAGAAUGGCAACACUAUCCCGUCAUCUCGUCCCUUUGUCAAAGACCGUCCGACAACAUUCCAUGACGGAAAGGAGCCGUACAUCAAGCUUGGACGACUGGCCGUCAUCAAGAACUAUCGAGGCUUCAGUUUCGCAGGGCAACUUGUGAGGAGUGCGCUGGAGUGGAUCAAGAAGAAUCCGUCCUUCUUCGACCCGAGCAUCAGGGAGUUGGGUCUCGAGCAACUGGGAUCACCGACGGAGACCGAGGCGCCGCAAUGGAAGGGCCUUGUGUGCGUUCACGCCCAAGAGCAGGUUGCUAAAGCGUGGGCGAAGUGGGGAUUCCAGAUUGACGAGGGUAUGGGAAAGUGGUAUGAAGAAGGCAUUCCUCACGUUGGCAUGUUUCUUCGCCUCGACAUUGGCGAGAAGGAUAUCCGAAUUUGA